UCUUCUUCUCUGACUUCAUCUGAUCUCAACUCCUUCCACAAGCACUUGAAUCCAAAAUCAGACCAAAUGGGUUGCCUCGAAACCCGUUUCUGCCAUCGGGUCUGCAUUGAAAUCUUAAAACAGAGACCACAUAUUUGUUAUUUUAGCAUUGGAUUGUCUUAUUUGUCUACUGUGGUCUGAACCAAGAAACGCUAAUGCGGACGCAUCUUUGAACCAGUCCUUCUCAGAAUCUGGUUAAGAUUUGUGUCCAUGGCGGUUUUCGUUGGUUUUAGAAGGUAGUAUUGACCCUCUUUGAAUUUGAAGGAGUCUGUUCUUGGUCAUGGCUCGUCGUCAUGGAUGGGAACUCCCUGCUCACACUUUUCAGGUUGUGGCUAUAACCGUUUUCUUCUUGUUAACGGUUGCAUAUUAUGCCUUCUUCGCUCCCUUUCUUGGAAAUGAAAUUUAUGAGUACGUGGCAAUUGGUGUAUAUUCUGCGUUGGUGCUUUCUGUAUUCAUACUUUAUGUUCGGUGUACAGCAAUUGAUCCUGCUGAUCCUGGAAUACUACUUGAAGCGGACAAGUCAUUUUCCGGGAAAGAAAACAAUAACACAGAUAAUCAUGGGAACAUGUCAUUCAGUAAUAGAGGAAAAGUGGACAGCCAUAAUUCAAGUUGGUGCUCACAAUUUGGAGGUUUCUUUUGUGGAUGUUUUGUAAGAGAAGAUUGCCGCAAACGUGAAGAUCUCUUGCAAUUACAGCAAGAAUCUGGAGAGGAUCCUCUCUUCUGUACUCUGUGCAAAGCUGAGGUUGGCAAGUUCAGCAAACAUUGUAGAAGCUGUGAUAAAUGUGUUGAUGGAUUUGAUCAUCAUUGUCGGUGGCUAAAUAAUUGUGUGGGGAGGAAAAAUUAUAUCACCUUCGUGUCUCUUAUGGCCGUGAGCCUUGUUUGGCUUAUUGUUGAAUGCGGUGUUGGCAUUGCUGUCCUUGUUCGGUGCUUUGCUGAUAAAAACAGUAUGAAAAGGCAGAUAGCCGAUAGACUUGGAGCUGGUUUCUCUCAGCCCCCUUUUGCCACCGUGGUGGCCUUAUGUACUGCUAUUUCCUUCCUUGCCAUAUAUCCUUUGGCAGAGCUGUUCUUUUUCCACAUAAUUUUGAUUCGAAAGGGUAUUACAACCUAUGAGUAUGUUAUUGCCAUGAGAACACAAAGUGAACCUCCUGGACCAUCUGUGGACGGUGGCGAUCAGCAGAGUAUGGCAUCUUCACCAACAAGUUCGGCUGUGACUGCCUUGAGUGGAAGGAGCUCUCUUGGAAUGAAUUUGCCAUAUAAAGGUGCUUGGUGCACCCCUCCAUGGAUCUUUGUGGAUCACCAGAUGCAGGAUGAAAUUAUUCCACAUUUGGAGCCAGGACGUGUACCAUCAACACUGGAUCCAGAUGAAGUACAGCAGCCUGAUAAGGCAAAAAAAUUACCCCAACGUCCAGUACGAAUAAGUGCAUGGAAGCUUGCUAAACUAGAUGCUAAUGAGGCAACCAAAGCAGGUGCGAAAGCUAGAGCCUCAUCAUCUGUGCUUCGUCCAAUUAGUUCUCAACAUCAUCCGUAUGACGCUGACUAUGUAUUGAGCAGUAAUGUGAGUGGAAGAAGUAGUCGAACUAGUACUGAUCAUGGGUUUAGCAACAAAAACACCAGAGCUGGGACAUCAAACUUAUCUCCUCUGAGCUCAUACCCACCCAGUUGUGCUAGCAGAGAAGAUGUUGAAAUUGGACGUUACACUGGUAGUAACUUGAGCAGUCCUCAUGUCUCUAGUCUUGCGCCUUCUCCUCUUGAGCAGAAAGCUCCAAACAUGGAUCAGUUCAAUCCCAUUUAUCAGUCAUCAUUCAAUGAAUCUCCAUUCUCAGAAAAACAAAGUGAACGGAAUGUAACUGUAGGACAGAUGCGUACAGAAAAAGGUGACUCACGCCUUCAGCAGGGAAAUAAGAGAUCCUCAGUUUUUUGGGAUCAAGAAGCGGGACGUUUUGUCUCAUCUUCGAGAUCUACUGGUUCCUCCUCAGGAGCAGAGCUGUUGUACACGGGUCAAUCCAUAUUUUUCGGAGGACCUGUUCUCAAUGAGAUACCGGCUAGAGGGACAAGGACCACUGGUUCACUGGUUUCUGACCAUGACAGGUUCUACUUACCAACAGGGUAGAUCACAGAGAGGUGGCCAGCUUCCCGUGUUUGUUCCAAGCGAUUCAGAGAAAAACCAGUUUUCUUCUAGAUUGAUUUGAGUAUCUAAUUAGAAACACCGAACAACUUUCUUCAUAUAGAAUUUGAGCCAGGAUGUUUCUUCCGGCCAGUUUGACAUCGCUUACAUUGCAUGCAGAGUUUGCAUCAUAUUUUACUUUACUAACCCAAUACAUAGUGCAAUGCUGGUAUCAUAAUGUUGUUCCUCUACCACCUCCAUUUUUAUUACACUUGAAACUUGUAAGAUUCACUGGUGACAUGAGUGUGACCGUCGAUGAAGGACUUGGCAAUACAUAUGGCCAACCUUUCAGUUAA